GGCAAUACACUGUGUUAAGAACAGGGGUAUGUAAACUUUUGAUCAGGGUCAUUUUCUGUUGUCAUUAUGGUUUAAAAAGAGUAAACAGUUAAUUGACAAUAAAUAAAUGGCUUCACUCAACCACAAAAAAGGUUUGGGGUUAAUUAUUUGUUUGAAUUUAGUUAUAUUUCUGUUGUUGGGGUCUUAGUGUGGCCUUCAUCUAUUCAGAGGGUUUGGAUAAUAUCGCCUGGUAGCAGAGGUAGGACGAAUUCACCAUCAAGUCACUCUCAUGUCAUGAAUCAGCAAGCCACAAGUCAAGUUUCAAGUCAAAAUGAUCACCAAAUGUUUACAAGCUGACUUGAGACUUGACUUUGGACUUGCAGAUUGAUGACUUGAGAAUGACUUCACAGUGACUUUGUCCCACCUCUGCCUGGAAGCGAUUAAAAAAAUAGCAGCAGUAGGACUGGCAUCUUACCGUACCAACUCGAAGCUAGAUGAUGGAAAAAUGAUCCUACACAAUUCCUACCUUACAGACACACAUAUGAAAGUAAUUUGUAUUUUAUGUAAUUUAUGUCAUAUAUGCAUUGUGAAUUACUGGUCGGCCCCAGGAGGGGCCAUGCUGCUGAUUAUUUCACCCCAAAGUAACACAUGAUACUGAUCGAUGUGAUGCAUAAUCCUCUUAGUGUGUCAUUAUCAACGUUGGGUAGGAUUACUUUGAAAGAAUACAUGUGGAUAUGUACAUACAUUUGGAUGACUUGUAAUCUGAUUACUUUUGGAUUACAUUUCAAAGUAAUCCUACCCAACCUUGGUCAUUAUUAUGUUUUAUGAAAUACUAGCCUGUGCCAAGGAGGGCCAUGCUGCCCAAAUUUUGCAUUCUAUGUUUUGUUUUUAAUAACAUGAUGGAUUUUAAUUUUCUUUCUUGUUUCGGCGGUACAACCCACUACCUCACAUUGUCCAGACAUUAAAAAAAAAAAAAAAAAAAAAAAAAAAAAAGCAAAAAAGAACUUACAUCUAAUUAAAUGCUUUGCUGCUUAAAGUUGAAAGGUCUAGACUGAAUAUAAGGAGAAAAAAAUCAGCAAUAGAGCAAUUAUGUUGUGGAAUGGUUUGCAUAUGUGAUUUCCUCACCUAGUGUGGAUGCUUUAGACAGAAAUUAUGAUUUGCAUUAUAGUAACACCACUAGGUUUGAAUGUCAUUUUCCCCCUUUUGUUGUUGUUGUUGUUGUUAUGAUGUGUCGAUAUAUACAAAUUUGUAUACUUUUUUACACAAUAAAAUUAAUUAUAAACAAUCUACCCAACCAGCGUUGCUAAGCACGUUGCUAAGACCUCACAAACGGAAGUGCCAGGAUGUGCGACGGAUUCAGUAUCAUUUUUUAUUUUAUUAGAAUAUGACAAAAAAUAUUUUCUUUAAAUCGUGUGUAAUAUAUUUGUGAUGUUAAAACGCUUAUUGCAAAAGAAAAAAAAUAUUUUAAUUUUGAAAACACGUGACUGCUCACUUGCGUUGUCACGUGACUGGAGGCAAUCAUUAGCGGUCACGCGCAGUGUAGCGCUGUAGACAGUAGCUGUUCCUCAGUGUGUUCCCGGUCAGCAUGGAGCGAACAGGUCUCUCAUUUUUAUCUUUACUUUUAGUUCUUUCAGCAGGCUUCUGUAUUUCACAAAAUUAUGUCCUGGAUGAUAAAGUAGGACUGGGACGGGUUUUUGACGGAAUAGGAGGUUUGAGCGGCGGAGGGGCCACUUCUCGUUUAUUGGUGAAUUACCCCGAGCCGUACCGCAGCCAGAUUUUAGACUACUUGUUCAAGCCAAACUUCGGCGCUUCUUUGCACAUCCUGAAGGUGGAGAUCGGAGGUGAUGCUCAGACUACUGAUGGAACUGAGCCUUCCCACAUGCACUAUGAGAAUGAUGAAAACUACUUUCGAGGCUAUGAGUGGUGGCUUAUGAAAGAAGCUAAAAAGAGGAAUCCAAAUAUUAUACUAAUAGGUUUGCCGUGGGCGUUUCCUGGUUGGGUAGGAAAUGGAAAGAACUGGCCCUAUGACUUUCCUGACAUCACUGCUGCAUAUGUGGUGAAGUGGGUCAUUGGUGCCAAGCAGCACCAUGAUCUGGACAUUCAGUAUAUUGGGAUUUGGAACGAACGGAGCUACAACAGCAAGUACAUCAAGCUGCUGCGAUACACUUUGGAUAAGAGUGGCCUGGAAAAGGUCAAGAUCAUAGCCAGUGACAACUUAUGGGAACCCAUUGCCUUGUCUUUGCUGCUCGACCAGGAGCUCAGCAGGGCUGUAGACGUAAUUGGUGCUCACUACCCCGGCACAACCACAGUGAAGCAAGCCCUGAAGACACACAAGAAGUUGUGGUCAUCAGAGGACUACAGCACUUUCAAUGAUGAAAUCGGAGGAGGCUGCUGGGCUCGCAUUCUCAACCAAAACUAUGUUAACGGACUCAUGACUUCCACAAUUUCCUGGAAUGUGGUAGCCAGCUACUAUGAAGAACUGCCAUUUGGCCGAGAUGGGUUGAUGACAGCUGAGGAACCUUGGAGUGGCAACUAUGUGGUGGCGUCUCCUAUCUGGAUCACAGCUCAUACCACACAGUUUACCCAGCCAGGCUGGACCUACCUGCAGACUGUAGGACAUCUCACACAAGGUGGAAGUUAUGUCGCCCUGACUGACAGAAAAGGAAACCUUACUGUUGUCAUUGAAACUAUGACUCAUGAUCAUUCCGUUUGUAUAAGACCUCCACUGCCUCCCUACAAUGUAACAUCCCAGAAUGCAACCUUCUACUUGAAGGGAUCCUUUGCCUCUAUAAAGGAACUUCAUGUGUGGCGGACACAGUUUAACUUUGACACGAAAAAACCUUCUUUAUUUGACAAACUACCUCUACUGAAGCUUUCAGAUGGCUCAUUCACACUGAAUCUGGCUGAGGAUGAAGUUUACACUUUAACCACACUUAAAACAGGCCAGAAAGGGAGAUACCCAGACCCACCUCCCUCAGCAUCUUUCCCUAAAGUCUACAAGGAUGACUUUAAAACUCGAAAUCCUCCCUUCUCAGAAGCUCCAAACUUUGCUGACCAGACUGGGGUGUUUGAGUACUACAUGAACCUAACUGACCCUGGACCUCAUGUCUUCACCUUGCGGCAGGUUGUCACUGAAAGGCCUGUCACAUGGGCCGCAGAUGCUGAUCAGACCAUAAGUGUCAUUGGGAACUAUCAUUGGCAGAACAUAACGGUUACAUGUGAUGUCUUCAUGGAGACGGUGAAGACUGGCGGCGCUUUCGUUGCGGCCAGGGUCAAUGAAGGAGGGCAGUCAGUUCGCAGUGCCAAGGGAGUCUUCUUUUGGGUGUUUGCAGAUGGCACCUACAAAGUCACCAAUGACCUCGCUGGGCAGACUGUACUUGCAAAGGGCCUAUCUGGUACCCGGGCGUUUGGCUGGCACACCCUAUCGCUCACUGUAAAUGGCCGGUAUGCAUCAGGCAAGCUGAAUGGAUAUCCACUGUGGAAAGAUGUCGUGGUGCUGUCACAAGAAGGGUGGGCAGCCAUAGGAACACACUCCUUUGAACUAGCUCUUGAUAACUUUGCUGUGGAGGCCGAUUAUUAACAGCAAGUGUAUGCUGUGAAUGUUUUAAUUUAUUGAUGUCAUGGCUCAAGGGAAGAAGUCAUGUAUAUAGCCCCUGAGGCCUGUUGGUUCCAGUGCCUAUCCCUGGAUGAAUGCAUAAUUUUUAAAACCUUUUGACUAAAAGAAUGUACAUUUGGUUUUAUUUCUUUGUGAUUUAUGAAUUUCCUAAUCCUGGACACUAAAUUGUGUGGGUUUUAUGUAUUUAAUUAUUUUGUACUCAUAAGUGAUGCUUGAAAUGAAAUGAUUUGUAACUGUUUGUCUUAACUCUUAUUAAAAAUGUUCUACCUCAUUGAAGAGAAAUGUGAGUAAU